AAUUGUUGUGUGGAAAACGCAUUUAGUUUUCUAGUACAAAAGUGCAAAGGUGACACAUUGACGUGAGAAGAAACGUAGAGUGUAAAAAUGGCAAAAUGACAGAAAAUCAUGAUGCCAGCAAAGGUAAAGUGAGCUGAUUCAAGUGGACAACAUGGCUGACCACAGGCUUGACCGCAGGUUUAGGCCGGCUUCCAUUUCACCGGUCAAACAUUCCAUGAGUGGUCGGUCGUUGAUUUCUCCCGCAGACAGCGAUCAGGAACAGAAUGAUCUGGAAGUGGCAGCAGUUCUUGCCAAAGAACCACGCCCUGAUGUGAAAUAUGCAUCGCAAUCCAAAAGCCAAGGAGCUGGGAGUAUGUGUAAAUCAGUACUGUCGCCUAUGAGGCCAUCGACGGUGAUGACAAAUUUACAGCGAGGAAAUGUUCAAACAACAACACCAUCUCUGAUCUCGCACAAAAGCAUUCACCAGAUGGCUGCCCAAGGGGAGUUAAUUGUCCUGAGGCAAGAAAUAGAAGGGGGCGCUGAUGUGAAUCAAGCCGAUGAUUCUGGAUUCACAGCAUUAUUAUGGGCAUGUGCCUAUGGGCAGACAAUAACAAUGGAGUACUUAUUGGAGAAAGGGGCAAACAUACAACAUUUUGGCAACCAUGGUGAAAACUCUCUGCUGCUUGCCAGUUGCCAUGGUUACACAGACAUCGUUAGUCAGCUGGUGUCUCUUGGAAUGUCUGUGAAUUACACCGAUGAGAGUGGUAGUACAGCUCUGAUGUAUGCAGCCUACAACAACCACACUGGUUGCGUGCGAGUCCUGCUGGAGUAUGGGGCAGAUAUUACGAUAGAGAAUGAGGAGGGGCUAAGUGCCAUGGACCUGGCAGUAGGCCAGUCCCACAAAGCAGUUCAACAAGUGAUCGAGACACACAUGCUUUCACUGUUUGGUGGAAUGCCCUGAGGAGUUACCUAGGAGAGAUGGUGAUGUCCUGCCAUACCAGAUGAUCCCUCCAGAGCCACUGCACGUUUUUGGUCCACUUAGUGACCAUCAAGCGUGUUGUGCCGAGGAUAUUCCUCUCGAGAUUUCCCCUCUGGAGGUUAGGGAUAGCCAGCUUUCCAUCCAUGUGGAAAAAUUAGUGCUGUAUUUGGACUCAAGAGUUUUCAGCACUUUAAACAUGGGAGAGAGUGGAAAGAAUUGGCAUUCCCCUUGAACAAAA